AUGGAUCAGAAUAAUAGUAAAGGCGUCGAGCCUAUGAAGGUCGACGACAGGUUUAUUGAGAAUGCCCCCGACGCUUACUCGGGUCUCUUGCCCGAAGAUGCGGACUUUAUGCGCGGAUGGGAGGGCAAAGCUGGCAAGAAGGUUGUAAGAAAGAUCGAUUUUCGACUUCUCCCCAUCAUGGCGGUGCUGUACCUACUUGCCCACAUCGAUCGAGGAAAUAUCGGGAACGCGAAAAUUGAAGGAAUGGACAAGGACUUGGGUCUUGUCGGUAACCAGUACAACAUCGCUAGUACCAUCUUCUUUGUUCCAUACAUCAUCUUCGAGGUCCCUUCCAACAUCAUUCUCAAGAAGGUGCGCCCCAGCAUCUGGCUUUCGUUCCUGGUACUCAGCUGGGGUAUUGUCAUGACAUGCAUGGGCGUCGUCCAGAACUUCGAAGGUCUCGUAGCCUGUCGUGUCAUUCUUGGAAUAUUUGAGGCUGGUUUCUUUCCCGGUGCCGUCUACAUCGUCUCGAGUUGGUACCCGCGUCACGAGCUCCAACAACGACUAGCGAUCUUCUACACCGCCUCUGCUUUCUCCGGUGCACUUAGCGGUCUGCUGGCAUUCGGUAUUGCCCGUCUCGAUGGUGCGAGAGGUAUUGCUGGCUGGCGCUGGAUCUUCCUCAUCGAGGGAGCCGUUACGGUGGCAGCUGGUCUAGUCAUGCCGUUGCUUAUCAUUGACACCCCCGAGCGAGCGAAGUGGCUGUCUGACGACGAGAGGCGCUACAUCGACUUACGUCUUAGAAUGUCUGGUGUUCGAGCAAACACUGAGGAGGGUGACAAGUUCUCAUGGAAGUUGUUGUUCAAGACCAUGACUGAUUGGAAGGUCAUGCUUGGUGUUGUUCUAGCUUGGGCAAACUCUGUCCCAAACGCCGCCUUCAAGUUCACCAUGCCCCAGAUUAUCAAGCAGCUUGGCUUCUCGACUGCUAACGCUCAGCUACUUACGAUGCCCCCGUAUGUCUGCGGUGGUAUUGCCGCGUGGUUAUCUGGUAGGUUCUCGGAUCGUCUUGCCUGGCGCAUGCCUUUCAUCGUUGGACCCAUGUCGGUGCUAUUGAUAGCGAUGGCCGUCCUGUUCAACUAUUCCAAGGAUGUUGGAAACAAUGUUCCAGCUAUGUAUAUCGGUGUGAUUCUGGCCCAAAUUGGUAUAUACCCACUUUUGCCUGGUAUCACUGCUUGGACAGGCAACAACCUCGCUCCAUCCUGGAAACGGUCCAUCGGCCUUGCGUGGCUUCUGGCUGCGGGAAACCUUGGCAGUAUCAUCGGUACCAACAUCUUUCUCGAUAGAGAGGGUCCUCGUUACCCUACCGGCUACGGUACCGCGCUCGGUAUCAUUUGUCUGGGUGCUUCUUGCGCCCUGUUCAUGGAAUUCUGUCUUUGGCGAUCAAACAAGGCACGAGCCAAGCUUUCCGAGGUUGAGAUUCGCCAGAAGUAUUCUCAAGAGGAGUUGGAUGCUAUGGGAGAGGACAGUCCCCUGUACAAGUACACUCUGUAA